CAUCCAGACUCCGCUGGAAAGGAGGUCGAAAUGACGGAUGUAAGCAUGGAAGAGAGACCCGGGGACAGUUUAUUUACAUCCGAAGACGCUGUGUAAGUUUAGAGGGAAGCCGCUGCGUGUGUCUCCCUCUUUACUUUCACCGACCCCCUCCUCCUCCGCUGGCAGAAAUUUAUAAAGAACAAAAAAUCCGACGAGGGAGGGAGGGGGGUUGAUAUACGCCGAGGCUGAAAUCGAGAGGCGAACCCAGGGAAAGAGGAGUAAUUUGUACACGGGACUUUCCCCCUCUUAGUCCCCCAAAAGGAGGGGGAAAAGUCGCAAUAUUGGAAACGAAAAGGAAUGAGCUUCUAAGGGCGUGAAAACGUCUGCAGUUGUGGAUACUUUAUAUAUUUUUAUUUCGAAAAAAUAUGGCCGAGAACGUUCUGGACUCUGGCCCGCCUGCAGCCAAGAGGCCUAAACUCUCCUCUCCGGCACUUUCCGCCUCCGCCAGCGAUGGAAAUGAUUUCGGCUCUCUGUUCGACCUGGAGCAUGAUCUCCCAGACGAGCUCAUCAGUUCCAAUGAACCAGGUCUGGUUCUGAAUGGUGGAGACCUCAGCCAGUUGCACACCACACUGGGAGGAGGACCUGCAGGGCUUGGUCCAGGUGGAGGGGCAGGAGGAAUGGGUCUUGGUCUUGGCCCUGGAGGGGGUCCUGGUGGAGGUCAGGAUGCGGUGGCCAAGCACAAACAGCUGUCUGAGCUUUUACGUUCAGGAGCACCGUCGUCUACCCAACAAGGGCACCAAGGAGCCAUGGGUAGCCCAGGAGGCCCCACUGCCAUGGGGCAACACUUGGCAAACAUGAAAGCUUCCCCUGGCCAGGGGCCUCCACAGAUGAUGGGCCAGGGGCAGCAGCAGCACCUCUCCCCUCAGCAGCAGGCCAACAUGAUGCAGCAGAAUGCAACUAUGAUGGGUGGCAUGAACAGGGCCAUGAUGGGAGCACAGCAGAAAGGCAAUAAUGGACAGCAGCAGCCAGGCAUGAUGGGAAGUCAGGUGAUGAAUGGCUCCCCUAGGAUGGGCUUUGGGAAUCAAGGGAUGGGUGGCAACAGUAAUCUGCUGGCUGAGACCCUACAGCAACCGGGGGCUGGAGGUCAGGCUGGGAUGAGAGGCCAGCAACCUGGAGCAAUGAACAAGAUGGGGAUGUUGGGAAAUCCAGGGGGCCCUUUUGGAGGUCCGUAUGCUGGGCAGGGGAAUCAAGGCCUGGGAGGGGCAGGGCUGGGCCCUCAGCUCCAAAACAAAGGUCCCAUGGCAAACAGUCUUGCCCAGUUCAAUGUGGACAAGAAGAACCAGCCCAUGCAAGGAAUGGCUGCCAUGGGCUCUCAACAAACACAAACGGGCGUGGGUGGCCCUUCAGGUGCACCUUUAGGAGGGGCCACAGGGAUGGUGCCUAACGCUCAGGCAGGUCUGGUCGGUCCAGGUGCCCAGGUUUCGGCAGCCACUGCUGCAGCAGGAGCACCACCUACAGCUGACCCUGAGAAGCGCAAGCUCAUCCAGCAGCAACUGGUGCUCCUGCUCCAUGCACACAAGUGCCAGCGGCGGGAGCAGGCCAACGGUGAAGUCCGCCAGUGCAACCUGCCCCACUGUCGUACCAUGAAGAACGUCCUCAACCACAUGACUCACUGCCAGGCUGGCAAGUCCUGCCAGGUGGCUCACUGUGCAUCAUCGAGGCAGAUCAUCUCCCAUUGGAAGAACUGCACGCGGCACGACUGUCCUGUGUGCCUGCCGCUGAAGAAUGCUGGCGACAAGAGGAACCCGCAGUGUGAGUCUCUACUUGGUGCGGCUGCUGCAGGUCUGGGCAGCUCUCUUGGAGCAGUACCUGGUGGCCAACCAAGUGCUCCCAACCUCAACCAGCCAAGCCAGAUUGACCCCAGCUCCAUAGAAAGAGCCUACGCAGCCCUGGGCCUCACUUACCAGGGUAACCAGAUUCAGGCUCAGUCUGCUCAGCCCAACAUGGCCAACCCAGGCAUGCAGGGCCAGGCAGGCAUGAGGACUCUGAACCCAAUAGGUGCAAAUCCUAUGGGAGUCAAUGGAGGGGUGGGAGCUCCAACUCAGAGCCAAGCUAACCUGCUGCAGGAUACCAUGAUGCACCUCAAUGUGACCAGCCAAGGUCUAAUGAAUGAUGCCAGUGGAGUCGGCUCCAUGCCGACAGCAGGCCCUCCUUCUUCUUCAGGUAUGAGGAAAAGCUGGCAUGAGGACAUUACGCAGGACUUAAGGAACCACUUGGUACACAAACUUGUUCAGGCCAUCUUUCCGACUCCAGAUCCUGCUGCCCUCAAGGAUCGUCGAAUGGAGAACCUGGUGGCCUAUGCCAGAAAAGUUGAGGGGGACAUGUACGAGUCAGCCAACAGCAGAGCUGAGUAUUAUCACCUGCUAGCAGAGAAGAUCUAUAAGAUCCAGAAGGAGCUGGAGGAGAAGAGGAGGACCCGCCUCCAGAAGCAGGGCCUGGGCAUUGGGCCUCCAGGCAUGGGUCAGCCCCCCGCAGGAAUUUCUCCGAACGGUCCUCUUCCCGACCCAUCAAUGGUGCGACCACCAGGACCAAAUCAGAUGGUCAACAGAAUGCAAGGCCCAGGUAUGAAUCAGUUCAAUCAGAUGGGGAUGCAAUCUAUGGGCCAGAGGUCCACGCCUCCCCUCUCCAUGGGAGCAUCUGGCAACCAGAUGGGAAUUGGCGGGCCGAGGAUGGGGCAGCCAAAUGUGAACCAGCUUCAGAACCAGUAUCUGUCCCAGGGACAGUUUCCUGGCUCAGGACCUGGAGUUGGAGCGUCUCAGUCUGGGAUGUCCCAACCUCAAUCACAGGCAAGCAUGGCACAGACACAGAUGGGCACUCCACCCCCUCUUCCAGUUGCUAGUCCUUUAGCACAGCCAGGUUCAGCCAGUGGUCCUGGCAGCGUGUCAAAUGUUGGGCCCAUGGGUCCUCAGAGUGUGGGUAGUGGAGGUCCCAACUCAUCGGUUGCUGCGUCGUCAAUGACUCCAUCUAACUCAAACCAGCAACCGAACUCCAUCCCCCAUUUGGCUGCCAUGCGUGGCAGCUCUCCUUCUCCUGCUCACAGCCGAUCUCCCACUCCCCACCAAACACCCCCCAGACUAGCGGGGUCCCAGACCCCUCAGCCACACACCCCUAACGCACCACAACUGGCUCCACCCUCGGUCCCCCAACAGAACCAGCUUGGCCAAGGUCCCGGCUCUAACAAGUCCCUCCAGCAGCAGCACAUAGGCCCAGCUGGUUCCACCACUCCGUCUCACCCUGGAAUGAGCUCCAGCUCCACGCCGCAUGGUGCUCAGCUGCCACGCACUCCGCUGUCACAAAAGGGUUCUUUCCCUGCGGACGGUCAGGCCAUGACUCCAGCUUCGGUCAAUAGUCUGGACACUUCCUCCCAGCCACAGCUGGACACGUCAGCCGCAAGCGUGGACACCAAGAUGGAGAUAAAGCAGCAGGACGAGGAGGAGGAGAGCGAUACAGGCAGCUGUUCAAAAGGAGGGAAGCUCAGCAACCUCAAAACCGAGGAAAAACCUAUAAAAACAGAGCUGAAAAAGGAGGAGUGCUCAGGAGAGAUAGGUAAAGGAGCUGCCAUGGAUACAUCGUCAACAACGCCGACAGCAAGCGUGAAAAUGGAAGACAGGAAACCGGAAGUGAAGAAGGAGCCAAAAGAGGAAGAAGAGACGUCGGAUGCGACGCAGCAGGCCCCAUCGAAAAAGAAAAUUUUUAAACCAGAGGAGCUUCGUCAGGCCCUGAUGCCCACGCUAGAAUCUCUCUACAGACAAGAUCCAGAGUCUCUGCCCUUCAGAAUGCCUGUAGACCCACAACUGCUGUGCAUACCUGACUACUUUGACAUUGUGAAGACUCCUAUGGACCUGUCUACUAUCAAGAGAAAGCUGGACACAGGUCAGUACCAGGAACCCUGGCAGUAUGUGGACGACAUCUGGCUGAUGUUCAACAACGCCUGGCUGUACAACCGCAAAACAUCCAGAGUCUACAAGUACUGCUCCAAGCUGGCCGAGGUCUUUGAGCAGGAGAUUGAUCCCGUCAUGCAGAGCCUCGGUUACUGCUGUGGGAGGAAGCUGGAGUUCUCUCCUCAGACUCUCUGCUGCUACGGGAAGCAGCUGUGCACUAUUCCCCGAGACGCUGCUUACUUCAGCUACCAGAACAGGUACCACUUCUGCGAAAAGUGCUUCAACGAGAUCCAGGGAGAGGCGGUAUCCCUGGGAGACGACCCAACACAGCCUCAGACGUCGAUUAACAAGGAUCAGUUUGAGAAGAAGAAGAAUGACACACUGGACCCUGAAUUGCUUGUUGAAUGUAUGGACUGUGGGCGCAGGAUGCACCAGAUUUGUGUAUUACACAAUGACACAAUCUGGCCAUUGGGUUUUGUAUGUGACGGCUGCUUAAAGAAGGCGAAUAAGACGAGGAAAGAGAACAAGUAUUCUGCCAAACGGUUGCCCCAUACGAAGUUGGGCAUUUACCUCGAGCAAAGAGUGAAUGACUUUGUGAAGCGUCAGGGCCACCCGGAGUCCGGAGAGGUCACUAUUCGGGUUGUCCACGUCUCUGACAAGGUGGUGGAGGUGAAACCAGGCAUGAAGUCCAGAUUUGUGGACAAUGGAGAGAUGUCGGAGUCUUUUCCCUACAGAACAAAAGCUCUUUUUGCUUUUGAGGACAUUGAUGGAGCAGAAGUCUGCUUCUUUGGUAUGCACGUUCAGGAGUAUGGAUCUGACUGUCCUCAACCCAACCAGAGGCGAGUGUACAUCUCCUACCUGGACAGUGUACACUUCUUCCGGCCUCGAUCUCUAAGAACAGCAGUCUACCAUGAAGUCCUCAUCGGCUACUUGGAGUAUGUCAGGAAAUUGGGCUACGUCACUGGCCACAUCUGGGCCUGCCCGCCUAGUGAAGGGGACGACUACAUCUUCCACUGUCACCCGGCAGAUCAAAAGAUCCCAAAGCCCAAACGCCUUCAGGAGUGGUACAAGAAGAUGCUAGACAAAGCUGUGGCAGAGCGGAUCGUGCACGAUUACAAGGAUGUCUUCAAGCAGGCGACAGAGGAUCGUUUGACCAGUGCCAAGGAGUUGCCUUACUUUGAGGGGGACUUUUGGCCCAACGUGCUGGAGGAGAGCAUCAAAGAGCUGGAGCAGGAGGAGGAGGAGAGGAAAAGAGAGGAGAACAGCACUUCAAACGAGAGUAUUGAUGACACAAAAGGUGACAGUAAAAACGCAAAGAAAAAGAACAACAAGAAGACGAGUAAGAACAAGAGCAGCCUGAGUCGGGCAAAUAAGAAGAAGCCGGGUAUGCCAAAUGUCUCCAAUGACCUUUCACAGAAACUCUACGCCACUAUGGAGAAACACAAGGAGGUGUUCUUUGUGAUCCGGCUAAUCGCUGGUCCCAUGGCAAACGCCUUGCCGCCCAUCACAGACCCAGAUCCCCUGAUGGCCUGUGACCUCAUGGACGGCCGCGAUGCUUUCUUGACAAUAGCCCGGGACAAACAUCUGGAGUUCAGCUCGCUGAGGAGGGCCAAGUGGAGCUCCAUGUGCAUGCUGGUGGAGUUGCAUAACCAAAGCCAGGACCGCUUUGUCUACACUUGUAAUGAGUGCAAGCACCAUGUGGAGACUCGUUUCCACUGCACUGUCUGCGAGGACUACGACCUCUGCAUCACAUGUUAUAACACUAAGGGUCAUGAACACAAGAUGGAUAAGUUAGGCCUCGGUUUGGAUGAUGAGAGCAGCAACCAGGCUGCAGCUGCCACUCAGAGUCCAGGAGAUUCUCGCCGCCUCAGCAUCCAGCGCUGCAUCCAGUCCCUCGUCCACGCCUGCCAGUGUCGAAACGCAAACUGCUCUCUUCCGUCCUGCCAGAAGAUGAAACGGGUUGUUCAACACACGAAAAGCUGCAAGAGGAAAACCAACGGUGGCUGCCCCAUCUGCAAGCAGCUUAUCGCUCUGUGCUGCUACCACGCCAAGCACUGUCAGGAGAACAAGUGCCCAGUCCCGUUCUGCCUCAACAUCAAGCACAAACUCCGUCAGCAGCAGCUGCAGCACCGGCUCCAGCAGGCCCAGAUGCUCAGGAGGAGGAUGGCCAGCAUGCAGAGAGUUGGUCAGGCAGCUCCUGGAGGAGCUCCUGGGGGCAAUGGCCUCCCCUCUCCAGGAGCCAACAAUGGAGCAACUGGUCCCGGUACACCUACAUCUGUUGGUACGCAGCCCCCUACCCCACAGACACCCACCCAAGGCAACAUGCCUGCACUCCCUCAGCAGCAGGGAGUCGGGAUGGCUGGAAUGGGGGCAAUGGGAACUCCAGGCCAGCAACAGCAGCUUCAGCAGCAAGGAGGUGCAAUGCCCUCUCAACACCAUCUCCAUCAGUUUCAAUCAGUGGCAGGAGGAGGGGGGAUGAUGAACUCUCCCCAGCAACAGAUGGUGCCUCAGCUCCAGCAGCAGCCUCAAAAUGUCCAGCAGCUCCAGCAGCAGCAUCCUGGUGGUUUGCCUCCAUAUAACCCCAGACCUCCUGGAGCAUCUCCUCUCCACCAAUCCCUUGGCAAACCCGGACUGGGUCCUGCUACACCACCACAGCAGCAGCAACAACCCAACCAGGGACAGGGAUCCAUGCCUGCACCAGGCCAGCAGCAGGGGCCCCCUCUGGCUGCCGUGGAGACCGCCCUUAAGAUCCAGCGCCUUGCAGAGAACCAGAGACAGAUGGCCCAGGCCCAGGCCCAGGCCCAGGCCCAAAUCCGUGGCCUUGGACAAGGGGGCAUGAUACCACCACACCCUCACCACCAGAACGCCCAGAACCAGAUGGGCAUGCCCCACAUGGGGGCCCAAGGCAUGCCCCCUCAGGCUCAGGCAGUUGUUGGCAGGACUAUGUUAGACCCACAGCAGCAGGGAAUGCUUGCAGGGAUGCAGCAGGGUGGUGCUCAGUCCCAGUUGCCACCUCAAGUUCAGCAGCAGCUCCAGCAGGUCCAGCAGGGAGCAGGUGGACAACUUCAGCCAGGAAACCAACAGUGGGGGCCUGGGGGACCAUCCAUGAACCCACAACAGAGGCAAGGAAUGAUGGGUCACAUGGCACCACAGCAGCAACCAGCUGUUGCUCAGCAGCAGCAACCAAUGAAUCCCCAACAAGGGAACCGUAGUCUGAUGCAGGUGAUGGGUGUAGCAGGAGGUGCAGCAGGUACACCUGCCGCUCUCGCCAGUGCAGCAGCAUCAGGAAACCUCCCACAGGCAGCGCUACAAGACCUCCUGAGAACUCUGCGCUCCCCAAGUUCGCCCCUCCAACAGCAGCAAGUCCUCAACAUCCUGCGCUCCAACCCGACCCUGAUGGCUGCUUUUAUCAGGCAAAGAGCAGCCAGGUAUCAAGGAGGUCAGGGGGGACCUGGGGGACCAGGAGGGCCUCCACAAGUGGGGCCUGGAGGUGUAAGGUUCCCAGUGCCUGCUGGAGGUCUUCCUGGGGCUAACAUGGAUGGACAACAGGUUAAUGUGAACCAGGCAGGUCAGCCAGGAAUGAACAUGGCUCAGGGUGGAGCAGGUGGAGGAAACAUGCCCACUAUGGCUCAGCUUCAGCAGUUACAACAACAACAGCAGCAGCAGCAGCAACAACAGCAGCAGCAGCAGCAGCGCCCAAUGAUGCCUGGAAACCUGCAGCAACAGCAAAUGGCUGCAUUACAACAACAACAACAACAACAACAGCAGCAGCAGCAACAACAACAGGGAGCAAUGCAAGCAGGGCAGCAAGGCAAUAUGGCCAACAUGACGCCACAGUUCAGAGAGCUGUUGAUGAGACGACACCUGCAGCAGCAACAGCAGCAGCAGCAACAACAGCAGCAACAACAACAACAACAACAACAACAACAACAACAGCAGCAGAUGGGAAACCACGGGCAGUUCCAGCAGCCUCAAGGUCUCCAGCAGCAGAGCUUCAUGCAGCCAGGCCAGGGUCAACCAGGGAUUCCUCCCUCUGCCCAACCUCAGGCUGGAGGUGGAGGCGUAGGGGGUCCCCAGCAGCAGCAGCAAGGAGGACCUCAGGGUGGGUCAGGCCAGAUGGGGCAGCAAGGAUACUCAAACUCGAUGUCCCAGGUAGCUGCAGCGCUACAGCAGCGGCUUCAGCAUCAGAUCCAGAUACAACAGCAGCAGCAGCAGCAGCAACAACAACAGAAUUCAAUGGGAGGGCUUCAAGGACAAGAUGGAGGACCGGGUGGGGGAUCAGGAGGACCUCCGCUCCAGCCAGGACAAGGCGGACCAGGGCAAGGGCCACAACAACAAGGUGGAGUCGGCGGAGGGGGCGGUGGUCCCCCACUGCAGCAGACGACCCAGAGCAUGCUUCACCAGAACAUCCACCAGAGGCUCCUGCAGCAGCAGCAGCAACACCUAGGUGGGGGCUCUCCUGCUCACCACAGUAGUCCCAUGAGUCCCCAGCAGCAGAUGGCGCAAUCUCCCCACCCCCACCUUCAAGGACAAGGAGGCCUUGGUCCAGCAGGGUCGCUUAGCAGUCAGGUCCGGUCCCCUCAGCCCUCGCCGAGACCGCAGUCGCAGCCUCCACACUCCAGCCCGUCCCCACGCAUGCAGCCCUCCUCCCAACCGCAGCCUCAGCCCUCCCCUCAUCGUAUCUCCCCACAGACCCAGACAGGCUCACCCCAUCCAGCCCACUUAGGCCAACACCACCCAAGUAUGGCUCCACCCCAACCCCCCCAGCAGCAGGCGUUAUCACAGCAGCCGGGUGGUUCUGUAGACCCGGCUCAGUUUAGCUCAGAACAGAACUCUAUCAUGUCCCAGCUAAGUGGAAUGACAGGAAUGCACAGUGGGCAAGGGGGGCAUUCGGACAUGUUGGGUGGGAAUAAUAACAGCAACAACACCAACCAAGAGCUGGGAACGAACUUAAACAACAACAGUUUAGACCUGAUGUAGCCUUGACUCCGUACUGUCUCUCUGUGUUGACACUGAUCGGUCGCCCCGAACGACAAACUGCCACAAGUUUGAGAGCAAGGCGGGACUACGGCUUUGGGGUUUUAGAAGUUUUUAUUUUUUAUUUAAAUAUUUUUGUGAUGUAUAAAUAAGAACUGAAGCUUCCUUCCUAUGGGAGAUGCAACAUAAAUCUUAGAAGUCAAUUAAUGAAUAAAUUAAAACAAUGGUAAGUUAUUGCUGUUAAUAUAUAUCUAUAUAUUUUUGCCAAUUGUGUACAAAAAGGUGGAAAGGCAGUGUUUCAGGUUGAAUAUAUUUCUUCCUUAGUCUAUGACACAAUAUUUUUGGGGACUGAGAAUUUUUGCCUUUUUAUGAAUAUUUUUAAGAUUUUAAAUGUGGCUAAAAAUUAAAGUGAGUUGACACGAUGUACCUUUUUUAUUGUUUUGUUUUCCUCCUCAAACACCCGGUCACCGGUAUCUAUUUUGCAGAGCAAGUACAUUUUAUUUCUGAAUUUACUUUUCUUUUUUUUUCCCGGACCCUCCACGGACCGUUAAACAAGCGUCAACAUAUCUUCUUGUUCUGGACAGUUUUUACAGCAUUGUACAGCGACUGCAACAAUUCACAUAUAUAGAAUUUCUAUUAUUUGAUACGUGGGAGGGAGGGUGAUGAAUGCAGUUUAAUUUUGCCAGGUGUCUUUCUUUCUUUUUCAUUUUUUUGUAUGUUUUGGCAGGGUUUAUUGGUUAGAAUAAAACCUUGACAGUGUUUUGGGGAGUGGGUGUCAUUGACCGUGGGUUUAGUCAUAUUUUUCAAUGGCCAGAUCUGCAGAACAAACCUUUGCACCCAUUAGCCACAUCUCCGCCCUCUAUCUUCAGUUUUCCUAUGAAUGUGCACACCUCCCUUACCCCAACCCCCCACCCUAAUGAAAGGAGGGAUGAACUGUUGAUUUCAGAUGGUCUAGCUGUCAGAUGCAUUGUUUAAAGCUGGCCGAUGUAAAAGGGUUUUGCGUGUAAAUAUAUUCCAGCCUUGUUUAUGAACUGUGACAUGUGGAAGAGGUUGGUCAAGUUGUUUUGUUUGGGCUGCAGAGGUUUGAGAAAAUCCUGCCUGUAUCCUCCCCCCCAACGGUUUCUUUUGCUCCUCAUCCUCAUGACUGCCUCUCAACCACAAGAUUUAUUUCAAUGUUAGUACUGUACAGAGUAAGAAAUGGUGGACUUGGAUACUGUUUUUUGUAAUGAAAGUGAAAGAUGUAAAAAAAAACAAAAAAACAUGUACAUACUUUAAACCUUAUGAGCAGAGAACUUAUUUUCUGCUGCUUUCCCCCUCUUGUUUAAUUGGAUAUUUGAUGUAUCUGUAAAGAAAACUACAAAAGUACUCCUGAGCUACUGUACAGUAUUGAGAUUUUUUCUUAAAGGUACAGUGUGGGGUGUGGUCGGUCACAAGCACCAAUGCGCCUUUUUCUGUGUAUUUUUGACAAGGUUUUAGGGAGGGAGGGGUUACUGAAACAAGUCACACACCUGAACAAUCUCAAAACUUCAAACGGGAAUCCCACAGAUAGCUGAGCCCAAGCACGGGUUCAUUGAAGGUGUGAUCUGAAAGAGUUUAAAUCUGGUCAUUUAGCUUUUUAUGGAGAGGACUGAAGACACAAUAUUCACAUGCUCACUAUUUUUCUCAAAAGGUUGGGCUUGAUGGGUGUGGGGAGGGGACGCAUCAGAACCAGGUGGCAAUAUAUCUUGAGACUUAUUUUAUAAGAAAAACAAGGAAAAACUGUCUUUUAUAUAUAGAUAUAUUAUUUAAUUUUAUUUUUUGGAAAUAAAACUUGAAGCUACAGGAAUUAUUAGAUAAAAACAUGUUUUGUUUUGUAUUAAAGAUGUUAUGGUGAUGCAAAAAGACACUGCAGACAGUCAUUCAGUUUGCCCUGGGGAGGCCGUGGAGUAUAUUGUACCAUCCUUUUUAAGAAAUGUUUCAUGUACAUGAAUAUAGUUGUAAACAUACUGAAUCACUGUACAAACCGAUGGCAACUGAACAAAUAGUUUUGUUUUAAUCAUUUCUUCUCCUUAAAAGAGACUGGAAAUAAGACUAUUUAAAUAUUUGUUUAGUAUUCAAAUGGAAUCUUUGACCACUUUUUCGUUCCUCUUGUUAACAAUUUUGGUGCUUGCUGAGAGAAAGCAAAAAUAACUGUUGCUCCAUUUUCAUUAGUUUUUUUUUUUUUUUUUUAAGUUAUUUUGGUGGUCUGAUUGUUUUUUUGCCAAUAAAUUAAUUGUACAAUAAAGUAUGUUUGUACCAUUGAAAAAAUA